AUGUUGCACCGCACUGGCAGGGACUCGGCGUUCCCCAGCCUCGAGGCGGUUCUCCGUCAGCUGAACGACCCCGAAGCGCCAACACUCUUCAAGCUGCUGGAGCAGCAGGCGGCCAUCGAGAGGCGCAUCAGGGAGGGCGAGAACAACGCGAGCCCCGAGGAGUACGUGCCUCCGGAGCCGGUGACCGAGUUCCAGACGGCGAGGCUGUUCCUCUCCCACUUCGGGUACCUUAACAUCGGCGGCGACAAGAAGCAGGGCGGCGGCGGGCGGCUGUGCCUGCUGGAGGGCGGGGCGGGGUUGAGCGCGGCGCUGCGGCGGCUCGACGCGGCGGGCGCGCGGGCCGCGCUCACCGUGCACGUGGCCUACGCCCAGGCGGGACAGCGCUCCGCUAAGGAGAUCCUGGACAACGCGCGCCACGCCGAUCGCGUCUCGCCCGCCUUCCUGGCCAUGCUCAACGGGUUGGGGAGGCCGGUGCGCGUGCGUGGCCACGCCGGGUGGGCGGGGCACGUGCGCUGCAGCUACGACGCCCCGCCCCCCGACGCGGGCCCCACCCCCGCCUCCGCCCCGCCCGGCCCCGCCCCCUCGGGGCCCGCGCCGCCGGCCAUCUACGACGGCAGGGAGCAAGUGCUGUACUGGGCGGACGAGACGGACGAGAUAGCGUUCGUGGUGCCGUCCGGCCGCGAGCUCCCGGAGGAGCGCGACGGCGCGCGCACCUGCGUCGACGGGCCCUGCCUCUCCGCCUGUUCGAAGGGCGGCGACCGGUCGGGCUCGUGCUGGGACGUGUCGGGGCCGCAGUACGUGCGCAGCAUCAGCGAGUCGGAGCGGGAGAGGGGCGGAGGGGCCGAGAGGGGCGGAGGGGCCGAGAGGGGCGAGGGGCCGAGGGCGCCCCUUGUGGACGCGCGCGCCCUCUCGCUCGAGCUGGACAAGCAGCCCCCCUCCGCCGCCCUCACAGGCAGCGGAAGGAGGAACCGCGAUUUCACUUCGAAGAUUCUCAUCAUCUGGUUGGAAGAUUUUGAAGACCAUUUGAAUCUGCCGAUCGACGAGCUGCUGCGCCACUGCGAGACGGGGCUGCCGUGGCGGCGGCACGAGGCGAGCGUGGUGUGCGUGAGCGCCGCGCGCAGCGGGCUGCAAUCGUACAACAAAUGCAACGCCACUUUCCAAAAGACUGAGAUCCAGCAACCUCACUCCCGAGGAACGCCUACAUCACUUCCACUACACGCCGCUCCUCUCUACCAACCGCCGCACGUGCGCCGACGCCACAUGAUACAGGAGAUCGCCCAGCAGUACAAGAGAGACCUCACCGAGCCGGAGCUGCUAGAGUCGCUCUUCAGACCACCUACU